AUGAGCGCCACUCGGUGUGGACACGAGAGACUGAUGGACAAACGCCCAGUCUCCCCUGGAAGCUCCGAACUUUCCCCAACGGCGCGCCGUCCAUCCUUCUCCCCGCUGUCGUUCGCGGGGCCCGGCGACCCCAGGGCGACCCCCUGGCCUCCGCGAGCCGAGCCCCGGCGCGCCCCCUCGCCGCCUCCGCCUCCGCGCUCGCUGCGCGCGCGGCGCGACACCGCCGGCCUCAGCCCACCCUCGGGCGUCCUCGCUCCCGCCACAAAGGCAGCGAGGAAAGCCCGGGGUGACAGGCCUGUGGCCUCCGGGCGCGCACAGCACGAGCCGGGUCCCUUCAGUGGGAUGACGCCAGGCGGCAGGGAGGCGAACGCGCUCGGCUCCGGGGCUGGCAGCUACGCCGAGCCCGGCCGCCCAAACCCCGCGCACUCACACCCCGCUCCGCCUUUCUCUCCCUUCAGGAAAAGUCCGCCGCGGCGCUGCCCCACGCACACCCCGCCAACGGGCCGCUGCGGCGGGCAGGGGCGAGCGCUCGCGCCCGGCGCGCGCCCCCCUCCCCGCGUGCCCGCCGCCGCUCACCUGGCCCGGAUGCGGCACGAAGGCAGAGGACUAGGGGCGGCCCUCGCCUCGGCCGGGAUGCCGUGUCCAUUGACAGUGUCUCGCCUCGGCGCGAUUGCUUUCUCUGCUCCCCGGACCGCGCCUCGAGUCGGCGGCGCGAGCUCGGCCUGGGCAGUGGUGGGUCCAAAGCCCUUGGCCUUUCGCACGGAGGCGAGUAGGGCGGACAUAACCAAGCUCCGGACCAAGCAGACGUUUGCCUCGCCGGGACGUGAGCUCGCCCAGGGAGCGGACCCGGGCUUUGCGCUCAGGCCAGCGGCUCCGGGGCGCUGCCCGCGCACCCCGGUCCGUCCCGCGAGCCUCCCGGCACCUACGGGGAAGCUCCGCCCCAGGUGCAGCCCUGGCCGAGGGCCUAAACGGUCCUACCGAGGUCGGACGGCGACUGCGAUUUAG